GAUUUUCUGGGUCCAACAGGUGUUCUAAAACAAGGAUAUAGGGAGAAAUCCCUAAGCUUUGCCGGAUUUUCGGCCGGAAAAUGGGUGGCGGUGGCUGGGGAGUUCGUCGAGUGCAGAGGGUCGGGGGAGAGGAAGAAGAGCAGGGCACGCGGAUUGAUGACAGAGAUCCGAGCCGAAAAACGCAAAUUGGGACUAAAUUGAACCCGGAGGAAAGAGCAGAGCUAAUAGCUUUUCUUCGGGCCAAUAAAGAUGUUUUUGCAUGGACUUCAGCAGACAUGCCGAGAAUUCCCACUUCAGUUUUUCAACAUAAACUCAGCACCAAUCCCCUCAAGAAACCAAUAACCCAGAAGCGACGCCUUUUCGAGGGAGAGAGGUUACAGGUCAUUAAAGAAGAAGUGGAGAAACUCCUACAAGCUGGUUUUGUCAGAAGGGUUGAUUACUGCGAGCGGGUCGCCAAUCCGGUGCUGGUGAAAAAAGCAAACGGUAAAUGGCGAAUGUGCAUUGAUUACACUAACCUCAACGAUGCAUGUCCAAAGGACUGUUAUCCAAUGCCAAACAUUGAUAAGCUGGUUGAGGCAGCUUCGGGGAAUGAGAGAUUAAGUCUCUUAGAUGCAUACUCAGGCUACCACCAGGUCCCAAUGGCUUCUGAGGAUGAAGAAAAAACCUCGUUCUAUGCUGGCGAUGAGAUCUAUUGCUAUGUAAUGAUGCCCUUCGACUUGAAGAAUGCAGGCGCCACUUACCAGAAGAUGGUUACCAUCGUGUUCCGAGCUCAAAUAGGACGAAAUCUGGAAGUUUAUGUCGACGAUAUAGUGGUGAAGAGUUUGAAAGCUGACGAUCACUUAACCGAUCUUGGGGAGACAUUCAACAAUCUCAGACAGAAUAGAAUGAGGUUAAACCUAGCCAAAUGCAUCUUUGGUGUGGAAUCUGGAAAAUUCUUGGGUUUUAUGGUUUCCCGGAGGGGGAUUGAGGUCAACCCAGAGAAGAUCAGAGCAAUUGCCGAGAUGGAACUGCCGAAGUCAGUAAAGGACAUACAGAGGUUGACUGGAAGGGUAGCGGCUCUUCAUCGGUUCAUAUCGAAGUCGGCAGAUAAGUGCCUACCAUUUUUCAAGAUUAUGAGCUCACCACCUCUACUGACUAAAGCCAAAGAUGGAGAAAUCCUCUAUCUUUAUCUAGGAAUUUCAGAUGAAGCCAUUAAUUCGGUUCUGGUAAGAGAAGAAGCCAAGCAGCAGAAACCAAUAUAUUAUAUCAGCAGUGUGCUGCAUGGAGCCGAGCUGAGGUAUCCUAUAGCAGAGAAAGCAGCCUUAGCAGUUGUCACUUCGGCCAGAAAGUUAAGGCCAUAUUUUCAGUCGCAUCCAAUCAUUAUUCUUACAGACCAACCCCUUCGGCAGAUUCUGCAAAAGCCUGAGUGUUCUGGAAGAUUAAUUAAGUGGGCAGUAGAACUGGGGGAAUUUGAGAUAACAUUUCAGCAGAGAUCUGCAAUCCGAGCUCAGGCACUGGUAGAUUUUAUUAUAGAGUGCACUCCAGGUAAUUCCAUUCCUACUCCGGAGCCCAAUAACUGGACCUUAUAUGUUGAUGGGGCAUCUAGUAGCAAAGGUUCAGGAGCUUGUGCUCUCUUGAUGGGCCCAGAUGGAUACCGAAGUGAACAUGCUUUGAAAUUCAACUUCGAUGCAACAAACAACAUGGCCGAGUAUGAAGCCCUGCUACUUGCUCUGGUGGCCGAGCUGAAGUGCAAAUUCCAAAAAUUCUGUCUGAGCAAAAUCCCCCGAACUGCGAACGAACAGGCAGAUUCACUUUCUAAAUUCGCCUCUGAUAGUUCUUCACAUUCUAGAUCAGUUUUUGUGGAGGUCUUAGAUGAACCAAGCUUCAUGAAGCCACGGGUGAUGGAGAUCAGCACCGACCCAAGCACACCAAGCUGGACAGAUCCAAUCCUCUCCUUCUUACGAGACGGGAUAGUACCUGAGGACAGGCAGGAGGCAAUGAAGUUGAGAAGGAAAGCAUCUCGGUAUACACUUCUUGAUGGGGUCCUCUAUAAGCGAUCUUUCUCUCUACCUCUUCUACGGUGCUUGAAUCCCUAUGAAGCAGAAUAUGCACUCAGGGAGGUACAUGAAGGUGUUUGCGGAAGUCACGUGGGUGCUCGAACUUUGGCUCAUAAAGUCCUUAGACAAGGUUAUUAUUGGCCCAACAUGUACAAGGAUGCCACUCACUUUGUUCAGAGAUGCUUGAAAUGCCAGUUCUUUGCACACCUGACUCACCAGCCUGCAGAAGAACUCACUACUCUGGUAGCACCAUGGCCAUUUGCUCAGUGGGGAUUGGAUCUUUUGGGCCCAUUCGUGAAGGGGGUUGGUGGUGUAACCCACCUGAUUGUUGGUGUAGAUUACUUCACAAAGUGGGUUGAAGCUCGGCCAUUAUCCAGUCUUACUUCCAAGAAGGUUGAAGACUUUGUUUUCAGCUCAAUCAUCUACAGAUAUGGGAUCCCGAAUCAGAUUGUGGCUGAUAAUGGAACGCAAUUUAACUGCACCUCUUUUCGAGAUUUCUGUUCCAACUACGGGAUUAAACUACAGUUCACCUCGGUUUACCAUCCGGAAUCCAACGGCAUGGUCGAAUCUGUUAACAACUGCAUCUUAGAAGGUAUAAAGCCGAGGUUGGAACAACACAAGGCCAAAUGGGCAGACGAGCUCAACAACGUCCUCUGGGCAUACAGAACCACGAGUCGAACUGCCACAGGUGAAACACCCUAUCAUCUGGCCUUUGGUACCGAAGCAGUCAUCCCUAUCGAGAUAGGAGUUCCAAGCUUCAAAGUCACCCAUUUCGAUGAAGGACGCAAUGGACAACUGCUUCGGGAGAACCUUGAUUUGCUUGAUGACAAAAUAGCAAACUUCUACAACAAACGAGUUCGACCCCGAACAUUCAAAGUAGGAGACCUUGUCCUCAAGAAAGCUGGUCUGACGGGGUUCGAAACUCGAUUCGGCAAGUUGGCACCAAACUGGGAAGGCCCCUAUACUGUUGCCGAAGUGCCGCAUCCAGGUGCAUAUAUCCUACGGGACACUGAAGGCAACCGGGUUCCUAGGGUCUAGAAUGUCAAUAAUUUGAAGAAAUUCUACCCUUAGCACACUUCUUUCCAGUAAACUUUGUUUUAACCAACAUUAUUCUGAUUGCUAUAAUGAAUUUCACUUCGCAUU